AUGGUUCUUCUAAAAAGACGAGACGAUAUUAUUUUGAAAAUGUAAUUUACGAUUUUAAUACAAAACCUUUCAAUUUAUAAAAUCCAAAACCGUUAAAAAUGUCGGCUGAACGCGAGCGUCGUCCCAGCCCUGCUUCAGAGUCCCGCCGCAGCGGGCGCUCCCCUCCCCUGGACUCCCAGGAGCGCCUCCCCUCCCUGGAGUCAUCCCUGGACCUGGAGUCCAUCCCGCGCACGCUGCCCCGGUCCGUGCGGCACGGGAAUGAGCUGCGCAAGCACAAGACUAAGCAGCCCGUGAAGAGGAAGCGGCCUAAGAUGGCUAGAGCUCGCCGCAAGCUGCCAGAUCACAUGCGCGAGGGGCUGGAGGGGGGGCGCUACCGGCUCGGCAAGUCCUGCACGUCGUUCGCGGCGCUCGACAGACUCGAACACAUCUCCCGCCCCAAGAGGAGACACAUCCUCAACACGUGGCGCGAUCACACGGCGGAUCUGUCGCCGGAGACGAUCGAUCGUUUCCGCGAGAUGCUGGACGCGGACGAGCCGUUCAGCCCGGCGCACGCCUACAACUACUUCAUGGCCAUGCGCAACGCCGAGAGGAUGAAGAGGAAAGCCCUAAGAAAGCUCCGCUGCACAUGUUGCUGUACCAAGACCUCGUCUGCCCUGUCCCGCGGCGCCAGCCUGAAGAUAGCACGCGCCGUGCAGAGGAAGUUGGCCUACCCACUGCAGCUGCAGCUUACUGGAGCUGAGCAGCGUCUCUCCAUGCUGGUGUUCCGGGAGGUGUGUCGCACGCUGCGCUGGAAGCCGCGCCCGCGCUGCCGCUCCCCCCAGCGGUGCCGGGAGCAGUGCCGGCGGAAGUUCGCCAUGGAGGUCGCAGACCAGGUGACGUUGUGGAUCGGGGAGGUGCUCACGGCGUGCGAGGACCGCAUGAUCAUGUCGGACGGGACGGAGGAAGACGAUAUUUUGCGUCCUAUACUUGGAGACUGGCCCGAUGAUGGGCGUGGCGAUUCAGAAGGCCCGUGUUGGUGUCAUUUUGAUUUCGAAGGAGAUGAGUGGGACGCCUUCAAGCUGCUUCUGACUGCCAUGGAGUGCGAUGGGAGGGACGAAGAGCUGGUCUCUCAGGGGUGGUUCACGCUUACCUACAAGCAAGCUGCUGUCAUACUAGCGCAGACGCCGAUAGAGCUGGGCACGUUCGAAGAGGCGGUGCGCGCGCACAUCGAGGCGGGGCUGCGGCGCGUGGCGGCGCGCUCCACCACCGACGAACUAAGGGAUAGCAUGAACGAUGUCAUAGAGUUAUGCUCUAAACUAUUGGCUCAAUACAUGGAAGACAACAAGCACAGAGGAGCAGCUUUUAAUUUGCUAGUGCAAUUAAUGAAAGCCCAGCAUCCGGAGCUUGAGCUUUACGAGAAAGAUUAUGUCAAGAAAACCUACGUAGAGGCGGGCGAUGAUCUUGACUCAGCUAAAAGUCUUCGCGCUGAGGAAAUACAUCAGAAACUGGCCACUGAAAUCUACAACAAAUUGAAAACGCUGGUUCACUGCGUUACCCCGAGUGAAAUGAAAGACGAGAUGGCAGAGGCACUAGAAGGUGCCACUAGAUAUUUGGCCCGUGUUGGAGAUGAACCGCCGUGUUGGUGUCAUGUGCCAUUAAGUGGUGAAGAGUUGGCAGCGUUCAAGAUCCUGAUAAUGGCGAUGAAGCGGCGCGGGGCGGAGCCGCUCGCCGCGCGCGCCGCCUACACGCUCACGUAUGAAGACGCAGCUGAAGAAAUGUUGCUGACGCCGAGUCUGGACGCGACUUUAUUCGACGAAGAGGUUAAAGACAUGAUCGAGGGCAAGCUGCACACGACUGUAGAAACGGUUACGCCGGAAGUACUGCAGAAUGCCAUGAACAGCGUAGUAGACAAGGCUGCAAAAUUCUUAGCAGAACACAUGGAUAGUAAAAAACAUAGGACGGAAGCGUUUCUGCGACUAAUUCAAGCAAUGAAAGCUCAAGAUCCUGAAAAAGUGCUCUUUCAGAAGAAUGGCGUCAAUAAGACAUACGUUAGUAGCGGUGAAGAACUGGACCAAGCCAAGCGAUUGAGCGUGAGUCAAUUUGACGCAGAAACAGCUGAGGGCGUUCACAAGAAUCUGACAGAGUUGAUGAUCGACACUCCUGACCAUAUGAAACAAGACAUGGCAGAAGCGAUAGAUGCGGCCUCCAAGUACUUGACUCGAACUGAUGAGGAAGACAUGGAGGCGUUCAGAAUCCUGAUCGCAGCCAUGAAAAAAAGAGGUUCAGAGCAACUCGCCACCCGCGGACAUUACACGCUGGCUUACGGCGAGGGGGCAAAGGAAUUGGAAGAGGCGCCAAGCUUGCAGGCCAGCAGGUUUUAUAAAGACGUGAAGGAAGGCAUCGAGGAUAAGCUGAACGCCGCCGUCAAACCAACCACGCCAGCCGCACUGCAGACUAAUAUGGACCAAACUGUAGAGAAGUCGUCGAAAUACCUGGCUCAGCAUAUGGAAGAAAAUAAGCACAAGGGCCCCGCGUUCAAGAAGCUGGUGGAGACGAUGAAGGCGCAGGCGCCGGAGCGCGUGCUGUUCCAGAAGGAGCAGGCCGACACCACAUACGUGGAGGGGGGACAGGAUCUGGAGAGCGCCCGGCGGCUGAGCGUGGCGGUGGCGCUGCCGGAGCUGCAGCAGCAUGUGCAGCGGGAACUAGAGGUGCUGAUGAAGGACCUCACACCAAAAGACAUGGCUGAAGAGAUGGCAGUUGCUGUCCAAGCGGGAUCGAGAUAUUUGGCGCGAGUUGACGAAGAAGGUGCGGGCGGUGGGACGGACGUGUUCAAGAUCCUGGUGGCGGCGAUGACGAAGCGCGGGUACGACGAGCUGGCCACGCGGGGCAAGUACUCCAUGACGUACCAGGACGCCGCUGACAUAUUGGUGGAUGCAUCUCCUAAUUUGAAAAGUACGAGUAAGUUUGAUGAGGAUGUGAAGAAGCUCAUCCAGAACAAGCUACAUGAAACUGUGAAGCCGACCACCCCCGCCGCGCUGCAAGCUGAUAUGAACGAACUUGUGGACAUUUCUUCUAAAUAUUUGGCCCAGCACGCGGAAGACAAUAAACACAGAAGUAAAGCAUUCGAGAAGUUGGUUCAGACGUUGAAAGCCCAAGAUCCAGCCCAUGUGCUCUUCCAGAAAGAUAAUGUCCAGAAAACCUACGUGAGAGCUGGACAUGAACUCGGCAGCGCGAGGAGUCUCAGCGUGGACGACGUGCACAAAGAUCUGGAGGCCGAGCUGCACAAGAAGCUCACCACGCUGGUCAACGAGGUCACGCCAAUCCCUGAAGACAUGAAAACUGAUAUGGAAGAAGCGGUAACCGUGAGUUCUAAGUACUUGGCUCGGGUCGGGGGUACAGAUGACAACGAAAAAGGUAUCGAUAAGCUUUUAGAUGAAGCAGCGCAGAGGGCUCUUGAGGAGGAAAGACUAAAAAAUAUUGAUGGUUUAAUACUUACUGAGGAAGAAAAGAAAAGACUAGCUGACGAGGCCAGAAAAAAAUUAGAGGAUGAGCAAAAGAACAAAGAAGAAGAGGAAAGGAAACGUAAAGAAUUAGAAGAAGAGGAAAGGAAACGUAAAGAAUUAGAAGAAGAGGAAAGGAAACGUAAAGAAUUAGAAGACAAGAAAAAAAGAGAAGAGGAAGAUGAACUAAGAAGGCAAAAAGAAGAAGAUGAAAGAAGAAGAUUGGAGGAGGAAGCGAGAAGGGCAAAAGAAGAUGAAGAAAGAAGGAGAUUGGAAGAGCAAUUGAGAAUGGCUAAAGACGAUGAAGAAAGAAAGAGAUUAGAGGAAGAGCUAAAAAAUAAAAAAGACGCAGAAGAAAAAAGGAGGUUAGAGGAGUUGCAAAGGCAAAAAGAUGAAGAAGAAAGAAAAAGAUUGGAAAACGAGAUGAAAAAAUCAAAAGAUAAUGAUGAUGAAAAAAGAAAGGGUGGUAAAAAACUCACUUGCAAAGAGCAUAAGAUAGAGAUGGAGAGAAAGAAGAAACUGGAAAAAGAAAAACAGAAAGAUGAAGAAGAAAAGAAAAAAGCAAUUUCAAGUUCUAUAAAAAAAGAGUCCCAAGAUAACAGACCCCCAGAAAAAGUUGAUCCUAACAAGCUUAAGGCGUUAGAGAUAUUGCUCCGCGAAAUGGAGGGCAAAGGGAGAGAGCCGCUACUGGAGCAGGAGCCGCAGUCAGCGCCUUUGACGUACACUGAGGCUGUGGACUGGUUGAAAAAUAACCCUUGGCCGGCCGAGAUAAAGGCUGUGAAGGAUUCGCGGGACACGGCCAGGGUGAACGACAAGAUCAGGCGGAGGCUCUGCCAACUCGUGAUCAGCCUGACCUUGGAGCCUCCCGUGGAGGAGGCCAUGCCAGGUGCCCUCGCAGAGUCUUCAAAAGCUCUUUCUGAACAUGUCGUCUCUAGAAGUUACAAGAAGGCUGCGGAGGAGUUGCUGCUGCGCGAGAUGCAGCGGCGCGGCGCCGCCACGAUCGCCACCGUGGACUGCAACAAGGAGAGCUACGAGAAGGCUGUCAUCAGAUUAAAGUUGUCGAAGUCACGUGAUGAAGACUCCCCGGCGGAGGAGGUGUCUGGGCACAUCGCGUGGCAACUGCACGAGGCGACUCGCCGGCGAGUCACCCAGAAACUAGCCGACACCAUGAAAGAAACAAUCCAGAAAACUUCAGACUAUUUAUCCACUCGCGUCGGUAAACCAGAUAAAGAAGCUGACGGGUUCAUAAUAUUAAUCAGAGAAAUGGAAAAUACCGGCGAUGAGCUGCUGGUGGACAGCGAAUUCUACAAGCAGACGUACAACAAGGCGGCGGCUUACCUAAAAUCUUUACCAUCAUUUGAAUGUGAAACUCGUGACGAUGCAGCGAACGAAAAUGGUAUAAAAGACAAGCUUCGCAAACUCGUGGAUAAAGUGGAAGUAUCUGAUUCGGUUAUCGACAAUGCAACGCAAUUACUAGCAUCUAAUGCGUUCCAUCAAGGGCAAUACAACGAAAUUCUAAGGGAAAUUGUUAAAAGAAUAGAAUUAACUGGAGAUGAAAUUAUAAUACGUCAUGGCGAUCUGGCCAGGACGUUCAGAGACGGAGCCAAUAUACUGCAAGGCAAAGGCUUUGAAGAUCUAAAAGAGAAAAACGCCGAGCCAAUACCCUUCAAGAAAAUUGAAAUAAGUUUGACUCGUAUGAUGGAGACCUCCGACCCUCUGCCGUUUAAUGAAACGGAGAUGCGCACUCAGAUCGACGAGGUUAUGCGAGCGGUUACUUUGUAUUUGGCCGUGCACUUGACAAAAAAAACAAUCCACAUAUGCAGAUGCAUGAAGAACGCCACAGUACAGUGCGAGCUGUGGUGCGACGCGCUAGUCAACGCGGCGCUGCGGCCGUGCUGCGCCUGCGCCGCGCGCUCCGCCACCGCGCUCGGGCACCACCUGCAAGACACGGACAACAAGCAGAUAGCACUCAUCACCUGCCCUGGACCUAAAGACGGCAAGACCACACAGGCCGGACAGACCAGUUCAGAGGAUGAUAAGAAACUGUGCCUCGAAACUAAAAAAGCCGUCUGUCAACAAUGCAACAACCCUGCCUGCGGCAAAGACCAUAGCUACCCCUGUCAGGGCAUGCCGGCCACCUCAUCUUCACUCAUGGGCAAGAAUAAGACUGAUGAAGAUACAUGUUCAUGCGAUGACGGCGAAUUUAAAUGUCCCGCUAAAGAUCCGGCUUCGUCUGUUGAACCGUGUGAUUGCGCUACUGGACCGAGUUCGAGCGGCGGCGUGAAGCGUUCUAAAUCUAGCAAAGAGUCGUCUAAGACUUCACAUCAUGAUCAAAGCUCCAAAAAACGUUCAGGCGAUAGAGAUUCGACGGCGUACUUCAUGCAUGCAAUAACUACGAACCCGUACGUUCAGAAUGGACCCACGAAGUUGCUAAACCGCACGGCGCCAAGCCUAUCGCUGGCUUCACACUCAGUCAGUCGUGUUACAGAGUCAUCGUCUAUACAAUCAGCUGAGUCUUCGCUAGUGAUAGCUCAGCAGAAUAAUUUGUCUAAAGCCACAACUUCCAUCAACAAACUUUCAACGAGUCUUUCAUUGCCCUUCAAAACUGAGUACCACGCAAGAGCCCCGAUAGUGUGGACGGGGCAGGCGACGGACUGGCACGCGGCGGUGGUGAGCCUGGUGUGGAACGUGCAGGCGUGGCGCGGCUGGCUGCGGGGCCACAUCGAGCGGGGCCUCCGGGGUGGCACUGACAAUGACGAUGGUGACGAGUCAGAUGAUGACAGGUGGGAGGUAUAUAGCAGAAGAACCAAAUCAGAUAUUCUGCAAUGGCGUCAUUACAACGUGUUUAGUCAGCAGCUAUCCUUACAUCUCGAAUUACGAUAUCGCGACAAAGAGAUUAUAUCUCCAUCUAACUCGUCGAUAAAAACCGAAGACUACAUAAGCUGGCAUCAUGAGAUGCUGAGUAUAAUCAGCACAUUCAAUCGUUGGACGCACUGGCUUUCAGUUGUGUUGGAUGAAACAGAUUCUUUGGAGAAAACAGCUGAUACCGAAACGGACAACUCCAAAAUGCGAUGGGAAUACUUUAGUAAAAAGAUAAGGAAAUCCUCGCCAAACUGGAAUAAAUACAAUAACUAUUUGCAAGAAUCCUACAUGGAAAAGCACAAAACUCUUAUGUUGAGCUGGCUCCCCCCCUGGAGCCAGAGCGCCCCGGUGUGGGUGAUCGGCGCGGGCGGCGGCGUGCCCUGCGGCGCCGUGGCCGCGGGCCUGUCGGCCGCGGAGGCCACGUGGGUCGCGCGCGCCACGCACGGAGCGCAAGUGUUGCCGGGAGCGCUGCACCCGUCCAAGCAUUGUGUGCUGGUGUAUGCUGAUGGGGCUGUGCAUACUUAUUCGCGGUACCAGGUGCUGUGCAACGCGGAAGUGUCCUGGCUGUCAUGGCGGGCGGGUGACAUCGGCGCGCAGGCCGUGCUGGUAGCCCCAGGGGUCCACAUCGGCCGAGUGACGUACCAAGACUCGCAUCUGAUAGGCGCGGUCACCGCCCCGGAUUACCGCUGCAACGUGGUCAUAUAUGGACGACCUUUUGCUUUCACGUGCUACGAAUUGCUCGUGCUUAUUCCUUCGGGUCAAGCGCGAGACUAAAAUAGUAUCCGAGAUGUUAAAUUCUCAGUGGGUUUUGAGGUUUUUUAUAUUUUUUGUAUGCGUAGUAUUUUUUUUAUUUGAUAUUUAUUAUAUAUUUUUUUUGUUUUGUUCAUGUAAGUAAAUGUGUUUUUUUAUUUCUAAAUAGGUAGUAAGAGACUAUCUAUCUGUCUAUCGAUCUUUACAUAAUCGGAUAGAUUGCAAAUAGGUAUUACAGUGCUCAUCAAACUAAUGUUUACAGCAGUGCCGAGGGUGGGAUUCUCACGUUUUAAAAUAUAUUUAUAAGCAAAAUACAGUCAGCAAAAUAUAUAUAUGUGCCACACUGGUGCCACCCCAGCGCAAACAGAUUGAUCCUAAGACUCAUGGGCGGAAGGUAGAUGAAUCAAAUAAUAUUUAACGAUCUUAUACAAUCAAUCGUCAGUGAUGAAAAAGGCAGGAAAAAAAACACUACGUGGGUACGCUAUAAUAAUAUUCACACUCUUGGAGUCCGUCAAGGAAUACUCUCCACAUUUUUCAGACUUAAGCAUCCCAUUCACUUAACGCACCGCACCCGAGCCCCGAGCCGUACCAUUCUGUGGACAAAUCCGUCAUCGCCCACACACUACACGAGCCCCGAGUUGCAGUCCAGUCGAUUGUGAACUUUAUUGAGCCUUGCACAAGGCACAUAACCUGUUUGUCACGCGGCGCUUGCGCACCCAGAUGGUACCCAGUCGGCGAUCGGCGAGCGCUGCACCGUACCCCGAGCCGCACCCAUCUAAUACACAUUCACACGCUGAUUUGUCCGCGGACUUGUCGCCAGCGACAAAUCCGCGGAUUGGCGCGCCCGUGAAUGGGUUGGCGGAUGCGGCUCGCGGCUCGACGCGGCGCUCGACGUUUCGAGACGCGAGUGCCACGAGAGUAGUACUAAUAUGUUCCUUGUGCAAGGGUCAUAAAGUUCACACACUGAGGAAAAAAAACACUACUAAAUUAACAGGACUGCAACUCGGGACUCGUGUAUUGUGUGCGUGCGUGUAGUGAAUGGGGGGAUUUAUUAUAUUCACAGAUUAUGAAAUUUAUGGGAAGCACCAAUGGAAGCACCUCGGAAGCACCAUAGACCCACCGUAGACCUACUGGAAGCACGUAGGUCUAUGGGAAGCACGGAAGUUGCACGGAAGCACGAUAUUAUUGUCUAUGGAUAUUAUUUACUCUAUGAUCUGAUGGAAAUCUGAAAUUUUAUUUUUUCUCUAUGCUGAAAUUUUGAACAUCAUGGCAUGACACAUAAAUAUAAAUUAUUAAUUUGUAAAAAAAUACCAAUUCGCAGUGAAUCCAGCCUUAAAAUUGCAAGCAGAAGUGAUGUCUAGAUGGAGAAAUUUACGAAAUGUUUAUUAGCCAGGAUCUAGCGGUAGCUGCCGUCCCGCACCCCACACCCUGCGGCCCAGGGUCUGGAACCCAAAGACAUGCAUUGAACAGAUCAUGAACAAAGAAUAGAGGUCAAAAUUAAUUACUAAGAAGAAUCUUGUGAUCAUAAAAAUGUCAACACAUAACGUAUCUUGUGAAUGCAAUGACCUGCCCACCCGUCAACCCACACCAUCACACAGUCAGGAAACGCGCCCGCAAAAAUAUACCAAUAGAAGGGACCAUUAUCCGGACAGACAUUUUAAAUCCUGUGAGUGCUGUGUGCCAGCCCACAGUCGCAGGGAAUCCCCUUCCCACAGUCGACGGGAGUCCCCAACAGAAAGUCUUAGGGAGUCCCCGGCAGACAGUCGCAGGGGGUCACCGGCCCACAGCAGAACCGCCAUCAGGGGUGAAGAAUAUGGAGGAAGGGACCCAAAGAAACCUAUAAUAUCCUGCCUGUGUGAGAACAACCCCGGCAAGCCGAAGGAAAGGACGGCUUGCCCCGAGCUAGUCUGCUGCAAGUGCCCGAAGAAUAAUAAAAAAGAUAAAAGCAAGGAUAAAAAGAAAACAAACUCGAAGGAUAAUAAAAAAGGGUCGAAAAGUAAAAAUGGUUCGGACAUUGAACUCAUUUGCGAAUGUAAUCCUGAUAAGAAAAAGAAAUAAUUAUUCACAGUAUAUCUUUUUAAUAUUUUGUUAUUUAAAAUUUAAUAAUUAAAGUAUCUAAUAUUAGAUGCAUUCAUAAA